AUGUCUAAGAUGGUCCCAUUGUCGCAGAAGAAGCGCAAGCUCCAAGAUGGAAUGCGAGGCAAAACCGAGCGGCCAAAGAAGCGGUUCAGAAAACAGCUCGACUACCACAGUUCGUCGGAAGAGUCCGAUAAAGAAGAAGAGGAUAACUUCACCGCUGUCAACCUCGCCGAUACAGAUGACGAGCAUGACGCAAGACCAGCAUCAGCCCCAAACCCAACCCCGAAACACAACGCUGUCAAGUCGAAAAGCGCGGUGGCCGAGUCGGAUGAAGACAGCGGAGAUGAUGACCAAGAAACGGGCUCAGAAGGAAACACAACCUCGGGAGAAGAGGGCGAGGGUGUCCCUACCAGAGCAGAGAAACGAAGACCUACGAGUAAAAGAAAUGAUCCAGCUGCCUUCUCCACAUCCAUUUCAAAGAUUCUGUCCACCAAGUUGUCGCAAUCCGCGCGAAAAGACCCUGUCCUGUCCCGGAGUAGAGACGCGGCAGAGACGAGUGCCUCUCUUGCCAAUGAACGUUUAGAGCACAAGGCGAAAGCCAAGUUAAGAUCUGAACGCAAGGAAGACCUGGAAAGGGGGAGGAUAAAGGAUGUUCUUGGACUGAACUCGGGACGGGCGGGCGAGAUCGCUGAAGAAGAGAAGAGGCUACGGAAAGUGGCCCAACGUGGUGUCAUCAAACUUUUCAACGCCGUCCGAGCAGCCCAAGUCAAGGCUGAGCAGGCAGCCAAGGAAGAGCGGAAGAAGGGGACUGUCGGUAUGGCCAACAGGGAAGAAAAGGUCAAUGAAAUGAGUAAACAGGGCUUUCUGGAUUUGAUUGGAGGGAAGAAGGUCAAGACCGACGCUAUGCAAUAG